UGCUAAGUUGGCAGGCUUGAAAUAAUCAUGGAGGGAAGAGUGAACAGAUGUGAGGGAGAUGAUCCUUUCAAGGACUUGAAAAUCGAAAAUUGGGAGAUUUUGGAAGACAUCAGUGAGAGGCAGCUCUGUACGAAGUGUAAUAAAUCGAGAAAAUAUUUUUGUUAUAAUUGUUGUAUCCCAGUACAAAAUUUACAAGGUCACGUUCCUAAAGUUAAGUUACCCAUUACGAUAGACAUUAUUAAACAUUCACGGGAAAUAGAUGGGAAGAGUACUGCAAUCCAUGCUGCAGUUCUUGCACCGGAUGAUGUCAACAUCUACACCUAUCCAUGUAUACCAGAUUAUGGAUCAGAUGAGAGGGUAGUGUUGGUUUUCCCUGGAAAAGAUGCUAUAACUGUGGAAAAUCUGUUUGAUUCACAGUGGGAUAUGCGAGUUGGUAGUGCUGAACCAAGAGCCAAGAAAUUAAAUAUAGGUACAAAAUUCCCAGUUACUAAGGCUGUAUUUAUUGACAGCACAUGGAACCAAAGCCGUGGCAUCUACAAAGAUCAGCGUGUGAGAGAUCUGCCAUGCAUAAUGCUGCAGUCUCGUAUUUCCCAAUUUUGGAGACAUCAAAAUGGAAGCCCACGUUGGUAUCUGGCCACUAUAGAGGCAAUACACCAGUUCCUUGUGGAGCUCCACACAGUAGCAUGGAACAGAAACGGCAGUCACCACCAUGCUGAAACCCUGGCAGUGCAAGCAAGCAAACAAAAGGUUCCUACAUGUGUUCAGCCUUCUAACAAUGAAGAAGUUCCAGGUAGAAACAGCAAACCAGAUACCAGUGCUAUAGACAAGAUUAAUGGUGUGUGUGGAACAAGUUUGGAGGGUGGGAUUAUGGUGCAGAGUAGUGAUCUUGGAUGCCUAGAGAAUGAACACAGUAAAGUUAAUUCCAAUUCUGAAUGUAUUGGACCUUACAAAGGGGAGUAUGACAACCUGCUAUUCUUCUUCUGUUACAUGUAUAGCAAGAUACAUAAACUCUAUAAACAUGAGGACUUGCGUGCAUACAAGCGACCAUUAAAAUAAAUUUUUGUGAAUAUUUUAAUAAGGAAUAUUCAGUAUUUUACAUUUACCUGAAUGGCUUCAUCAUUGUGCAUGUGACUGUUUCCUCCUCAUAUCCUGUUUCACCACUUAUAACUGUCCUAACAUACCUUCACAUUUGGCAGCACCACAUAUAUUGUUGGUACUGCAUUAUUAUUAAAAUCAUUUCAGAAGUGUUUGUCUUCACAUCUCUUCAGCUCCAUAAGUUAAUAGUACUUGACCAAGCAAUAUGUUAUUACAGGCUUGAUCCCCAGCCAUAGAACUUGGGUGGAAUCAAAUGACAGAAAUUUACUUUUAGCUGAAUUGGUUCUCUAGAAUGAAAUGGUUAUGUAGUUAUGGAUACUAUGUACGAAGUGUAAACUGUUUCAUAAAUAAAUGAGAUAAAAUUCUGUUCAUGUUUUCUUUCACUGUUGUUCUCAUGUUUUUUCUGAAUGUGUGCACAAGGCUCACUGGAAAAGUUUAAGAUGCAGGGUUAGGCUGGAAGAGCUGGGAGACAGGGAUGUAUUAAGUACAACUCCAUGUCACUGUACUGAUCCCACACAACAGCUCACCAGUUGAGUGUCACUGGCAGUUUAAGCAUUCCAUGAGUGUUUUCCAUCAAUUCCAUUCAGGCCUCAAAAGAUGUUGCAAGAUGGGAGAAUAUAUGUUGUGUGGAAAUCAUAAAUGAAGAUUCAUGAUUAACAUAACAGAUGCAUACUACAUUUCAUUAGAUGACUAUGUGUUAAAGAGUCAGAGGAACAUCAGAAUGCAGAACAACUGGUUGGAUGUGUUCUGCAAGUGCAAUGCAGAAUUAGCACUGCACAAGCCAGAUCCUAUGAGCUUGUCCAGAUCCACUCCUUUUAGCAGAACCAUACUUGAAGAAUUUUUUGGUAACUAUCAGUCUGUUCUGAAGAGAGACAAUUUUCAGUAUGGAACACUGACAAGACAGUAAUGACAACCACACACAAAAAACCUAAAAUACCUGCACAGAAAAAUGAAAAAUUGAAGAUACUGAGAAAGAUUUUCUUUUGGUUCAGAGCAAGGGUAAAAAGAUGAGUCACUCUGAUACACUAGUGAUUUUUGCCAGUACCACAUACUGUGAGGUUAAUACUUCUGUUGGAAAACUAAGAGGAAGGUGACUCAGAUGAGUUUUCCGGUUCAUUUCUGUCCUUUUAACAUGGGCUAACAUACUGAUGACGAACUAUUUUACAAGUACAUAGAGUGUUGGAUGUGAGUGUAAGUUAAAGAAAACUUGGUUUUCCAAUUUUAUUUCUCUUAUGAUGAACUUGAAAUGUUUUAAGACAUAAGUUAACAAACGCUUUUUUCUUCCACUUUUUAUGGUUAUAAUUAGCAUAAUUUGAGCAUAUUUCAACUGUAUAGUGAUACAUCAGACUGUAGAUAAAGUUUGUUAACCGAGGCUCUCAAAUGAUAUUGGUUAAAGUGCUCCAGUGAGUAUGCUAUUUACCAAGUUAGAUUUAAAAUAAAAUUUUCUAACCUGAAACACAAAGUCAUGAUAUUAUUCCACCAUUUAAUGUAACUUAGAUGUCAUGCAAUGGAAACAGUUUUCCUUCUAAGUUUUUGAUAGUGUCUCUAGAUGCAUAUGGCUUAUGAACCUAUGAGCAAAUGACAUACAAUGAAAAGCCAUCACAUUACUACUUCAUUUAAGUUGGUCAACUACUGAAAAAGUUCAUUAAGAUAAAUACCUAAUGGUAAUACAGUGAUGGCCAGAAUAUUUUAAGUAUCUAUAAAGCUAAGAAAAAUUAAUACUAAAAUCUGUCCUGAGGUAGAACAUCUUCCCUCACUUGUUUGGUGAUAAUAUAAAUAAAUACAUUUAUGUUAUGUAAUCAGACAGUACUCAAUAAUUACUUAGUACACACCACAAAUGUGAGGAUGUUGUAAUGGAGUUACACUCCACUACAGCUUUUUCUGAGACGAAGUUUUUUCCUUAUUUUUGCAGAUUUGACUAAAUAUUAUGUUUGAAAAAUAACACAGGUGCUGAUAAUAUACAAACAAGAACUGUAGAGAGAAGUAUUUCUAUAUUUUGAAAGCUGAUUUUUAGGACAUAAUUACCUUAUUACAACUUCCAUCAACAGGACUUCAUAUCCUAACCACUAGAUGUUCAAAAUCCAAAUCCUUACCUGUGCACUUCAGCCUCAAGACCAGCAACAGCAGUUUUGAGAAGCUACGAUGAAGGGAAGGUAUCAUACACAGAAUAUUUCUGUCCCAUGCUCUGAAAUGUGGGUGACAAAAAGAUAAAUUUUAAUAUUUACAAAUCAGUAACACUAUCUUAUUGACUAAAAUCAUGCUUUUAUUAUAUUAGAGAACUAUAUCUAAUCAAUAUUUCAUAACAAAUUAACAAAGGCUUUUAAGUGGGUCAAAAAUGGUUACUGACUAAAUAUUUGCUUUGCCUUUACUGACACUGAAAUUAAGUUUUAAGAACCUUACAAUCACAUGUAUUUUACCUGCAUAUAUGUUAGCUUUAUGUGAACUAAAUCUUCAUUAUAAAAAGAGAUAAGAGAUCAUAUCUCUGCAUGGUUCAAGUGCUUAUUAUCCUCAUAUAGAUGUAAAAAUAACAAAGAACAAUCACUAUAAGCACAAUAAUGUAAAUGUGAUGCUUUAAGUGCAUGCACAAUUCUUAUACAUGAAUUAAUAAAAUUUAAAACUGUAGUCUGUAACAACAAAUAGCAGUAUAUGUAAUUAAAAUUAUUACAAAGUUUUGCCACACAUUCAUAUUUCUCAUGUGAUGUAAAAAUUUAAUUACAUUUAGUAUAAUCCCUUGUGCCUUGUUUAACAAAAAUAAUGUUUAGUAAAUAACAGCUACCAUAUUUUUCGUCAGUUCAUCUUAAAAAUGUAAAGAGAAUAUACAAUAUAUACAUAUUUUGAUGUAUUUUCCAAAGUUCUUUGCAGAAUAUGAAAGUUGUUAUAAAAAGCACAUAACAGCUAAAUAGUAUUAGCAGAAAUGAGUAAAAACAAUGUUUUGAGAAAAAUGCAAUGUACUUGCAUGAAUGUGAGCAACUGUUUAUUAUAUAACGAUGUUAUAAAAGUAGAAAGCUGGACAAGUAAUAACAAAAAAAAAAUACUGAAGGAUGAAGUAUGCAAGACUGGCAAUGAUUUUAGGUGAAGAUAAUUAUACUCCAACAAUUUUCCAUCAAUUCAGUUUCUUUCAUCACCCAGAAUGUUAAAAUAGCACUUCUGUGCAUUAUCAUUUCCAUACUGAGCUCAAAGAUACAAAAAUCUGCAUUCACUGUGUGGCUGUUCAGGGCUGUAUAGCUAUUCUAGAACAAUGUAAACCAUUAUUCAUUGCACAAAUGGUAUUUUUAAAACCAAAUCAUUCAUUCAUCUUCUCCAAAUCAUAUACAGACAGGAACACUUAUCAAGGCAUAGAUCCAUUCAGAUAACAGAUACUGUGCAUUUGAUGUUAACCUUCUCAGUUGGUACACUGUCAUUAACUAACCAAGUGGCAUAAAUAGUUCACAUAUUUUUGCACAAGAUGGUGUUUACUCACACAAUGGCAGGAAGAAAUUGUAUGAUAAAAGUCAUAUGUCAACUGCCAACUGAAUGCAACACUUUCAUCUACCAAUAUGUCACUCUGAAGGUGGAUCUUUUCUCUCUGUUGACAGCACUCAGUGUGGCAAAACAGUUGAUGUUACCUUUGUGUUGAAUGUGAUCCCUGCCAUGAUAAGUGAUCAUUCUCCCCUUGUUUAUAUAUAUACAUACACACACACAUAUAUAUAUAUAUAUAUAUUCCUAUAAAUUUUAACUUGACAGCUCUUCAGAUGCUACUACAGUAUAAUUCCACCAUAUGCUGUAUCAGGUAUUUAAAGUCAAAUUCUAAGCAAUUACUUUAUUUAUUAAAUUUUUUUUCUUCUGAUAGAUGGAUCUGAACCAUAAGAGUAAUGUUACCAGUAUUUACACUACUGGUAUGGUAACUGGUCUACUACAAUUUAAAUUUUAUUUUACUAUGCCCCAUCCAGAAUAGGGUGGAAAUUACUGCUAGAGUAAUACUGUAUAAAGUGCCAGUAACUGUAAGCCUGUAUAGCAAACAAGUAUCACAUAUACAGCUCACAUUUUAAAAUUCUUAUCACACUGUAUUAAUUAUUAAAAAUUUCAUACUAAAAAUAACAAAGACAUAAGUACAUAAUUUGUGUGCAGUAUUAUAUGAUAUGUUACUCAUUUCUUAUCAUGUGGAAGUAUUUUGUGCAAAUGGUACUGAAACUGCUAUUAACUGAUAAAGUGCUUCUUGAGUACUGAGUUAAUCAACACUGUUAGCAAAGAUAUUACUUCAAUUUAUUGCUCGUUCAAUUAGCUGUAAUCUUUCUUCUUCUGCAUCCAAAGAAAUGGGGAAUCUACUUUCUGCAUUAGCUGUUGUUGAUUCUGACUUAAGCUACAAUACCUAAGAUUCUCUUGAAUGUCUAAGGUAUGUUAUGUUUAAGUUAUAGUUGAACAUUCAUACAGUACACACACUAUUAUCAGCAUGCAAGUUAUCCACCUUGUAAUAUAAUCUAGAACUUUCAGAACUCCCAUUACUGAUCAUAGCUUCUCAUGAUGAUUUGAGUGUUGCUCAUUACAUCUAUUUCAGCAGUAUGUAUCAGUGAUACUUCAAAGCAAUUUGCAGUGUACUGUCCAUUUUCUAACCCUAUUGCAACUUUCUGUUUUAUCACAACACUGUCUUACAUCCUGGCCUACUAGCACUGAAUAUAGGUCACUUUCCUCUGUUAGAUAUUUCUGACCAA